UCCUCUGCCUUUUCUUUCUGAAACACCUCGUUUCUCUCUCUCUCUCUGGCUCGCUCUCUCGCUCUCGCUCUCUCUUCUAAAAUGGGCCCUGCUAAGGAUUCUUCUGAUCGUCUUCAAUGGCAGAAAAUCUUCAACGCUAUUGUCCAAAUGUUGCAGAGUCAAAAUAUCCAGCUCGAGUCCCUCGUUAAAGAGAGGAAACUUCUCGAAGAUAGGAUUCAGAUCCAACACGAACGAUGGGUUUCCGACGUUCGUCUCCUCGAGGAACAAAUUUCUCAAAUGAAGAUGGAUCUUUUGGAAGCGGAGAUGGGUCAGUUUCUUGAGGCAGCAAAGGCAAAUUUGUUGGUCGGGUUGAAGCAGAAGGAGGCUUCUCUUUACAAGCUGAAAUUAGGGCGUGCAGAGAGCGAAUUGGAGGACAUAAAAUUAUGGCUUGACUACCUUACUCAGAAAUUCGCUGAAAAAAAUGGAGGAUCUCCGAUAAAAGUAAAAAAAAUUGACAAAAUAAAGGGCAGAGAGGGAGAUGGUGACCUAAAAUCUGUGGACAACACCAAGGAAGAGGAACGGCGUUCCAAGACAUUGGAGGGUGAAGUAAGAAAGCUUAAGCGUGCAUACGAGAGUCUGAAAUCGAAAAAUACUUCUGAAGUCUCUGCAAUUUUGUCAGAGAGAAAUUUUGUGUGGAACCAGUUCAAGAAGUUAGAAAGUGACUACAAUAGUCUUUUAAAGACUAAACGUGCUGAAGUUGGACAGGCAAAUGAGAAGAUAGAAAAACUUCUUGCAAGUUUGGAACAAUUACAGUCAUCAAACAAUGAAAAGGAUGAUAUCAUAUUGAAGUUAAAAACUGACCUUGCUAAACUUGAGGCUGAAAAGGAUAAAAGCAAUAAAGAAAUUUCCAGGCUCUCUAAGGAAUUGGAGUUGCUAAGGAGUUCCCAAAGUCCUUUAGUUACAUCUUCCUUGAAUGGUUGCACAGCAAAAUCAGAUGCCCAUAGCCUGAAAAGCAAGAACAAUGGGAGAGACAGGAGGCCUUUCGUAAAGAAAGACUUAACUGCAUCACAGACUUCUGAUUCUCAUACCGACUCUGAAAAGGGAUCUAGAAGAAGUUUGAAGAGGAGAGGUGCUGAGGCCAUUGUCACUUCAGAGACUCCAAGAUUGUUCUCAUCCACGUUUAAAGUUCCAAAGUUGAAGAACUCGCCUUUGCUUUACAUGAGUAACUGACUAACUAGCUAAACCACAAAAUAUGUUUUUGUGUUCAUACAAAGAAGAGUGAGAAAUCAUGCUUGUAUGUAUUGAAAUUAUUAUAUCCUUUAGUGUCUGUGUAAGUUAUGCAAUCUUCUGUAAUCCAAGGGGAGUAAUUUUUUUC